CUAUGAACGUUGGCCACCGAGCUUUUGAUCUCAUUUCAGAUUCUAUUCCUUGGUCAUUGAGCUGCUUUUGGAUAAUCUGGAUAGCAUUACUAGCUGUUUUAGUUUAUAUUUUCUACGGACCGUUCAAUAUAAUAAGAAAGGUCUCUAAAGCACCUAUGUUUUUUAACACACUAACACCCAAGUUUUGUGCCGCUCUUGCUGGCACAAGUUCAGUUAUAUCUGGGCUGAUUCUAGUGCGUUUUUAUUUGCAAGUCUUUGAGUGGUGGUACUUUAAAAAGUAUGGGACAUCAUUUAUCGAGCAAAUAUCUUUAACUCAUAUAUAUCCUUUGAUUAGUGGAAAUGAGGAUGAUAAUUUUUGUGAUAACCUAGACUCCGGUGCUCCUCAAAACAGUGUCCAAGAAUGUAAAGUUUGUAGAAACCCUUAUUGCUUAUUUCGGGGUGCCGAGUACCAGAGGCUGUUUAAAGAAGAAGGAAAAGAUCCAUUAACUUACUACGAUAUGAAUUUAUCGGCUCAGGACCAUCAAACUUUUUUCACUUGUGAAGCCGACGCCGGGAAGCCUGAAUACGAAAUUAUGCAGCUUGCAUGGAGAGAACGAAGCACCGAAGAAAGAAUUAAGAAAGCCAAAGAGGCUCUGUCCAGAAAUCCGGAAUGUACUACUGCCGCAAUUUUAAUAGCAGAAGAAGAGUGCUCGUCUAUAACUGAGAUUGAAAAAAUACUCAAGCAGUCGAACAAAAUUGCCGAAUCGGCACUAAGGAGAUCUCAACAGUCUCAGAACCAAAGUUCUUUACAUGAGGCCAUUUAUAGACGGGAUUUGCAUGUUUCAAUAUUCAUAAGGCGAAGAAUUGCAAUGUGUGCUAGAAAAUUGGGCAAAUUAAAGGAAGCAAUUAAAAUGAUGAAGGAUCUUAUCAAGGAGUACCCUAAUUUAAACCUGUUUAAUCUUCAUGAAAAUCUUAUUGAGUGUUAUCUGGCUGCUCAGCAAUAUGCGGAUGCUCAGGCAUUUUUGGCUAAAUAUGAUGGUAAGUGUUCCUCCUACAUUUAUUAA